CUAUAUCCUACAACCUGAUAAUAAAUUCGGUGCAUCCACCGUUUUCCCGAGCAGCGGUGUUUAGUGAAAGCAGUGAAUGAUCCGGGGUUAUCACUGCCUCGGUUGUAUACAGAAUCCCCAAAUCUCGCAGAUGUAGCGUGCCUGCGGCAUAUUAAAUCACUCAGCAGUUGCGAGAGGAGGGCACAUGCCAGUCGGCAUCGUGCGCAUGGCACGGGGCGCGAUUAUCGGAUUGGAGCUGAUUAUCUGUCAGACCGCUUGCCACUGCGUUCAGCAGGCUUAUUACCGCAGCUCGCUCUACAAAUUGCAGACUGCCGGCUCAGGACGGAUCGCCGCUGCGGCCAAACUACAUCCACGUCCGUCAGUCGCAAACUAACGCGACGCGUUUUUUUUGUUUUUUUUUUUACGUUUCCAAAACUGCUUCAUUGAGCAUCAUCUCUCGGCAAGGAAACAAAGGUGUGACGCUGAUGAGAGAGGAUGAGUCAGGGGGAAGCCGAUGCAGAAGAGUGCGAAGCUGGAAGGAUUGCGUUCAGUUGAAGCUGAGGCACCUUGCGUACGCGGGGUUGCUUGGUUCUUACGUCUGCACCUCAGCAAGAAAAGGACCUGCGCGACACCCGCAAUGAAAGAUGUCUUACAUCGCAGGUCGUCUGAACGUCGCUCAAACCGGUCCAUGUGCCACCGGUAAAUCUAGCCGGGGAUAUGACGGUAAUGCAGGGGUCUCUGCCCUGCUGCUCUCGCUGUGCCCCUCGCCAUUCUCUAUGAUGUGGAAAACCGCCGCGCCGAUCUCCUUCUUCUCUUCACUUUGGCUUAUCUGUUCGGAGACAUGCUGACCUGGCUUCCUCUGCGCUUAUUUCCUGCUCUUUGUGAAAUGACAGCCAAGGGGAGACGAAAAAAGGGGCGCAGACCGGGAGCCGGACGUGUGGAUUUUAAAAGAAGGUUGAGCCGAUAAUAAAGCAAAAAGGGAGUGAAGCUUAAAGAGUCGAAAGGGUGCCACAUAAAAAGGGAAGAAGGCAAAAGGAGAAAACGCACAAAGAGAAGCCGCUACCGCUGCCUCAGGAGAGAUCCGCUAUACGAGCUGCUUGGAAGCCAGCCAGAGAGGCAUCCCCGACUCCAUCCCCGUCUCUCCAGGAUUAUCCGUGGUUUGAUCGCUUCAUUCUCAUUGUAUUCGUGUUUAUUUGGUCUGUGACUCGCUCGCUGUGUUCACCCCCCAUAUCGCACACACCCAAACCAUGGGAUGCAUACAAAGCAUCACUUGCAAAUCGAGAAUCAAAAGGGAGAAUAUUGUGGUGUACGACGUAUCAGCAACCAUCGACCCCUGUCCAACGCUCAUCGAGGAGAACUCUCCGAUCGUGCUGCGCUACAAGACCCCGUAUUUCAAGGCGUCCGCCAGGGUAGUGAUGCCCGCUGUCCCACGCAAUGAGACCUGGGUGGUCGGCUGGAUACAAGCCUGCAAUCAAAUGGAGUUUUACAACACCUACAGCGACUUGGGCAUGUCCAGCUGGGAGCUUCCAGAAUUGCGGGAAGGCAGAGUGAAAGCCAUUAGUGACUCGGAUGGUGUCAGCUAUCCUUGGUAUGGUAACACAACCGAGACGGUGACUCUGGUGGGCCCCACCAACAAGAUUUCUCGCUUUUCAGUCAGCAUGAAUGACAACUUCUAUCCCAGCGUGACCUGGGCAGUGCCCGUCAGCGACAGCAACGUGCCAGUGCUGACACGUAUCAAAAGGGACCAGAGUUUCACUACUUGGCUUGUGGCACUCAAUGCCACCACCAAGGAAAAGAUUGUGCUUCAAACCAUCAAAUGGAGGAUGCGGGUGGACAUUGAAGUAGACCCUUCACAGCCUCUGGGGCACAGAGCACGUCUAGUUGGUAGAGCACAGCAAGAGCAACCCCGGAUCCUGACCAGGAUGGAGCCAAUCCCUUCCAAUGCCCUUGUCAAGCCCAAUGCCAAUGACGCACAAGUGUUGAUGUGGAGGCCGAAAAGAGGCAUCCCUCUCGUGGUCAUCCCUGCCAAAUAGCAGAGCCACAGUCCCACAUGUUCACUUUCAAGUAUGGUGGAUAUCAAAGAACCACAGGAAGAUGCUGUCUCUCUGUGCCUGCCUAGCUGUUCCCUCCUGUUGGUGUCCAAGAAAUCUUGGUUAGCCAAGCAAGGACAAGGUGGAUGGGUUUAGAUGUUGAUUCACGUCAGUCAGUGGACUUGAAAUAAGCAGCACUGGACUGGAACGAGCAGAUGGAGGAGAAGUAAGCAUGGAAAACUCAUGUUGCUGGGCAACACACAACAAGGAAGGGCAAGGAAGGGACUGGUGUGAAAUGGGGGGGUGGGGGGCGCAAACCAGUUUGAAAUGUAAGCCGAGAUCAAUGACCGCUUAUGUGGGAAUACUUAAAAGAAGGACACAGAGACAGAUGCCUGAAACGGCUUUAGGAGAUGCACCAGCCAAGAGUUCAGCUCGCUUGCCAAUGGCCAACGCGGGCCGCUGGAUAUGACCCUACUCAGGCUUUAACUCUUUCAGCGCCUACGCUUUUCUUCUUUGUUUGUUUGUUUGUUUUUCUUUUCUAAAUUUUGUUUCGGUUUGGUCCAAGUGCCAAAGGAUUUGUGCUCAGUGGUCCCAUUCAUUAUGUGCUUAAAGAGGACACCAUUUGUUACUUUAAAAAAAAAAAAAGAGUGCUUCCACAUGAGUGGACUAACAAGGACGCCCAGCUGCUCCUAGCCCUCAUGACUUUAUUUUUUAAUUUUUAUUCAUGUAUUUAUUUUUUGGAGACCUAAAACUCUGUAUUUUUAAGUGGGCUAAGGUCACGUAAACACUAUGCAGUCUUUCAGAAAACUUUAUAGGCAAGGAAAAAACAAAAACCCGCCUCGAGUCGUUAUUAUAUGUUUACAGCAAGAAAAGAGCAGAGUGCUCGGGGGGGUUUUGGGGAAUCCACAAAAGACCCCCCAUGACACCCCACCCCACCCCGAGCCCUUCAGCAUCGCCGCCAUCCUGUACCAUUCAACUGUGCGCGCUCUGCCAUUGCCGCAUUCACUGGAUCUGUCCGUGGUGCUGAAAGCCAAGCAGCGCCGGCAUUUCUGCGCUGCGCUUAACCGCACGCCGCCAGCCCUUCCUUUUUUUCUACGAGUCGUCUCGUCGGUCGACAAAGCAGCAAUUUAAAAAGAAAAACUCAAAAA